CUCUCACUGUAGCCUGUUUUCAACGCUGAUAUCGUCGUCAUCCUCGCCUUUGUCGUCGCCCCUUUGAUGCCACCCCUCAUCUGCCGCCCCGUUACGCUACUUCAUAAGUUUCUGUAUCACUCGUGCAUCGACAAAUACACAAACAUCCGUCACGGGUCUAUGGGGAGGAGAUUUCAAAAUGAACAACACAGAUUCCUGGCCAAGUGUCGCCAACAGUACCACCUCCUACACCACCACACCCGAAGAACGACUUGGCCCUCCCGCUCCUUACACCGAUAUUGGUCUCCAAGUCAACCUCUUCUUUAGAGUCUUUCUGGGAAUCCUCGGAAUCCUUAUUCCUCUCGUUCCUGCGAAGCUAUUAUGGAUCAACGGCGAAUUUGGGGCCACGGUACAUUGCAUGUCAACAGUCACGCUCAACUUCCUUUACGUCGUCAACUCGCUCAUAUGGCGAGACAACAAUGUCAAGAAGUGGUAUGCUGGCUAUGGGUGGUGCGAUUUCCAUACUUACGUCUUCUUCGCGGUUGAAACCACCUUUCACACCACUCUCUUCGACAUCAUGCUCGGUCUUGCCAACAAGAUCGGUAACCCGCGAGUCACCAGCCUCAGCCCCAAGGAAAAGAAACGCAAAGAUCGAAUCUCGGCCCUCAUCAUCUUCGGCAAUCCGGUCCUACAGGUCUUGCUCACUUACUUUGUCAUUACUCAACGGUACAACGUCUCAACCCUUGCCGGUUGCAAUGCCGUCUUCGACCCCAAUGGCCUCUUCUUCGUUUUCUUCAUUCUCCCAUCACCAGUCUUCACGGUUGGUGCGGCAGGCUUGGCAGCGGUUUGUUUUUACAAGUAUCGACAGCUGGAGAAACUCACUCGCGAAGUCAUACCAAGUGAUAAUAGUAUACGAACCGCGAGACAAAAACGCCUGAGGAGAAAGCUCUACUUUCUCACUCUCUCUAUUCUCGUGUUAGUUGUGCCGAUCGUUUGCGUCUUCUUCGUCUUCAACCUCAUUGAUGGUUGGCCGUGGUCGCUGCCGUUCGACCUCCAUCGCAUUCACGCCAACAUCAACUUUGUCUCGUUCACAACUACGGAAGGAAUGCAAGUCGCAACUGUCCUUACCAAUUACGUUCCAGUGGUGAGCUCGGCGGCCAUUUGCAUCACCUUCGGCACAACAGUUGAGGCAUAUAACCAGUACCGCUUGGUUCUCGUUUUCCUCGGCUUUGGAAAGAUUUGGCCCAAGCUGUAUCAAGAAUAUGACCCCGAUGACUCUGAACCACCAUCUGAGCUUAGCACGCAAACAAGUUCGAAAUCGUGGUGGUCAUCCAUGACGAAGAACAGCAAAAGGGGUACAGUCACAAGCCAGAGCGGAAACGACUUCUCUAUCCUCCCUAUUACUGAGGGCAUACCUCUCACGAACCGAUCAACACCUGCACAGACAACGGGUGAAGGUUCCCAUACCAUUCCAUCUUCCUCAUACGAUGAGCUCAGAAAAGAAUUCCCGGACUUGUACCCUACCCAGUCCUCACCCACAGCAAAAGCCAACCAUAAUCCCUGGCCCGAUCUGUCAGACGACCCUCCCGCACCAGCGCGCAACCCAUGGUAUCUCCGACCGAAUGCCUUCCAUGUCCCAAUCAAACUACCAAUGCCGCUGUCGCCCAUCUACAUACCAUCCCUGCACGUGGAUCAAGAAAAGAAGACGGAGGGAAAGCAGAAACGGACGAGUGUCAACAGGCUCUCUCAAGGCUACACCGCGCUCAGCGGCUCCUCUACAACAAUCCUGCCGUCCUCGCAGUCACCCACCUGCCCUCUUCCCCCACUUCCAACUCCUACAUCCUCCUCAAGACAUUCACCACAGGAGGAACGACACCGGUCGACGAGAAAGAAAGAAAAACAGAAAGAAUCAGGGACCCAAGAAAGCACAUCCAAAUGGGGUGUAUCGAAAGUACCACUAAAGCCAGCAACACCCUGGAGUCCCUUUGCUUCCAGCCACACCAACACCACCCUAGGAGUAGACACUCGCGUGUGGUCGCCCCAGAAGGAUAACAAUCACGCCAAAAAUCACAAAGAGGACCACCAUGCUGCUGCUCACCCACAAGAUCCCCCGGUCGUCUCCCAUUCUUCUCGCUUAACCUCAGGACCUCAGCUUUCACCGCCGCCAUCGUACAGUGUCGCUGUCGGUGAACAAUCUUCCUUUGCCUCCGCUUCUGAUCGAUUGACGGGACUCGGAAUCAGUCCGCCUGGACGCGAACAGAUCGGGACGGCGUUAGGACACCCACCGAGAGGCGGGGUGGUCAGGGUUGAGACGCAUAUAGCGAGCGAGAUUGAGGUCAUUGGUGAUUUUGGACGUGAUGAUGGUAAUGAUGGUGAUGGUGAUCAACGGGGUGGAAGGGAGUGAGGGGG